GGGAGUCUAUAAUAUUAAGCCUGUCCAUUAUCAGCGUUGAAAUACUUCGAUAUAAGCACCAUCGACAAAAAGCAUAUCGAUGCAACUGACCAAUCAUAGAGCACUUAGAUAACCAAUGGACACCGCUAAUGAAAAUUAAAUUUAUUCAAAAAUUUGUGAGAUUACAAAUAAUAGAUAAUUGUUGAAUGAUUUUAAUUGAUUUCUCGAAUUUAUCUCGAAAUUGUAUUAAAUAAUUCAUACUUUUGAUUAAUUGACAUUCAUUCAAACGAUAUCUUAAGUCUCUCUAUCAAGUAUAAAAUUAUAAUAUUUAAAUGAUAAUACAUUUGCUUAAACGUUACAUAGCUCUUAACACAUAUUUUUACUGUAAAAUAAUAUAAAUUCGAUAUUUGAACACAGGUAAAUAUUGAUUGUAAUUUUGUCGAGCGAUAUAAAUAAAAACAAACGUACGAUUGAUUUUUAAGCUGACCGAGAUAGUCUAUUUUCGAAUUCCAACUAGGGAAUAUCGAAAAUUUUUCCUCCUAACAAUUAAGCUUAAAUAAUUUAUAUUUUCGAUUAUUUUACAUUUAUUUGAACAGUUUUAUUAAUGUACGUGUAUCUAGCACGUGAAAUAAAUUUUUCUGAUUUAUUUCCAACGGUUGAAAGUACGCAUUUUUCAAGUUUAUUCUAAAAUCUAUUUUAACGUUCUUUUUAUGUAACGAUCUAAUUUAAUUUUAAUUUGUUUUUCUAUUUAUUGUAAAACGUAAUUAGUUAUGUCAUAUACAUGAUAUUCUAACAAUGGAGAUAUUUGGGCUUACUUUGACCGGUUAUGGCAAUUAUUUUACUGAAACAUUAAGGAAAGAUUAUCGAGAACCUAUUAUACUGCCGAAUGUUAAAGAAAUUCUAGAAGAACGUUUACGUUGUAAUAAAAAUAUAAGUUUUAGCGAGAUUUAUAAUAAACUUGAUCCAAUCCUUGGCACUGCCGAUGGCUUUUCAUAUGGAAGUAACAAGCGCAUGCAUUUGCAAAGAAAGAAGGGUUUAUGGAAACCAGUUGGACCUACAGAUAUGUAUAGAAUACCAAUAACAAUAGCCCAAGAGAUUGGAUUUUGGACAGAGGAUUCUUUAUUAUCCCAAGCAAAUUGGAUAAAGUCGACAAUAAAUUAUGGCAGAAGAAACAGCGACAUGACUAAGUAUAUUGCACACGUCAUAUCUUUACAUGUAUGCAUAAUAUGUAUUUUACUUUCCAGUACAUUUCACAAACUAAGACUCGCCGAUUCAUUGGUAGCUCUUUAGAGAAAUUCAUUUGAUUGUCAAAACAAUCCUUUUCAACUUGCAAAAUAAUGAAAUUAAUAUUGAAAUAUCUAAUAAUAUAAUUACAAAUUUUUUCUUUGAUUCAAAUCCUACGUAAUAAAAUAAGGCAUAAUAUAGUUUGUUAUAUAAGAGAUAUUUAAAAGAGUUUUGAUUAGUGUUUGAGUGAAUCGAAAGAAUAAAUGAAUACAAUAAAUAAUAGCUUAAAAUUGUUAUAAGAAGAUUGUAAAUCAAUUCCUAUUCAUGGCUGUGAAACUCGGUAAAGACAUUAUUAUUCUUAUAAUAUAUAUACGA